AUGGAGGAAAGUCAUAGUAGUGAUCAUUCGGAAGGUCAUAAAGCACUACUGGAACUUGAAAAGAAAUUCAAUAAGAAAGCGCGAUCUUCAGCUUCAAACAUUCAAGGAUCUCAAAUUCAGGCUUUAACGGGCUUUAUCCAAAUUUUCGAUCAAUAUCCGUACCCUGUUGUGAUCAAUGCUGCCAUUCUUAAGUUAGCUGACUGGUUUCGAAUCUAUAAUAAUCAUGUCAAAUACUAUAUUUACAGAGUUUUCAAAGGAGCUUCUGAAUCUCAGUUAUGCAAGGUCAUUAACGUUGAAGAGACUGUGAGACGUAUAUUACCUGUUCUCGGUAGUAAUGACCCUACUGCCCGAGCAAUAGCUCUUCGUGUGUUUGGUUGCAUGUCGGUGAUAAGCUCAAACAAUUUGGAUGUUCAUUAUGGUAUCAUUCAACAAAUGGAAUUAGCAACAGAUCGUAUCGAAUUAGAAGCAGCCAUUUGGGCAGCAGAUCAGAUAUGUGCAAGAUCCAAAACGUUUCCUUCAGUGAUUUUUCCUAAAAUAGUUGAAAAGCUUCAAAAUCCAAAUACUCCUCUAGAGAUAAAAACCAAGAUUAUAAAGAUAUUUCGGCACAUGCAUCAAGAUAUUGGUAUGGCUAGAGAAGCAAAAUCAACCUGUUUACAGCUUUUGCAAGAUAAGACUACAGAUACGCAGCUGGUUCUCGUAACACUUAGAACGCUGACGUUACUAUCAAGCCAAGUAGUUAUAGAUAGAAAAGAACAGGUAACAUUAUAUUGA